ACAUAGCAUGAGAAUACAACGUAUACAAAGUACAAAAACUUAAUUUCUUGGCGGUGGCUAUUGGUUUGAAAAAGGAAGGCUCUGAACCUUGCCAAGUUAUAAGGGCGAGAGCGUUUUUGGAAAAUUGUUACAGGUCACUUAAACUUUGGGAGGAUUAUCUGGAAUCCAGACUUAAAACUUUAUAUUAUAUUCUCUUGUUGCUUGUCAUCAACCGGGAACGAGACAGAGAGGGGUGGAGGGCUAUAUCCGGCAACUUCUUCGGGUCCUGUGAAAAAGAGAGAGAGAGACAGAGAGCUGCUUCUCCAUGGCGUUUCUCCAGCAACUGGUUCUGGUUCUGUUCCUUCUUCGUCUGGCGUCCUCUGCCACCGACAGAUUCAUCUUCAAUGGCUUCAAAGACGCAAAACUUACCCUGGACGGAACUGCAAAAAUUACCUCCAACGGCUUACUGCGCCUCACGAACGAAAUCCACAAUCUCACCAUGGGCCAUGCCUUUUACCCUUCCAACUUCCGCCUCAAGAUCCCUUCUUCUUCCUCCCCAAACGGCACGGUUCUUUCAUUCAGCACCCAAUUCGUCUUUGCCAUCAGAACUAAAGCCUUUGGCACCAGCGGUCAUGGCCUUGCCUUCGCCCUCUCCCCCAAUCCCUCCAUUAUCGGAGGCAGAGGUGCCAACUACCUUGGCCUCUUUAACCAAAACAACAUGGGAAAUUCCUCUGAACACAUCUUCGCCGUCGAGUUCGACACCGCUCAGGACGCAAGCUUCAAUGAGACCGACGAGAACCACGUCGGAAUCGAUGUAAACAGCCUCGUCUCCACCGUUGCUGCUUCUGCGGCUUAUUAUAGAGCAGGCAACACCAGUGCUCGAGAAUCGAUUUCCCUGGUCAGUGGGACUGAAAUUAUCGCCUGGAUAGACUACCGAAGCGAUCUCCAGCAAAUCAACGUCAGCAUAUCCCCCAUUACAGAUCCUGUCAAGCCCCAGAAACCCCUUCUCUCUGCCACCUUGAAUCUGUCCUCUGUGCUCAAGGAUUUCAUGUACGUUGGCUUCUCCUCUUCCACGGGGAAGCUCUCUAGUGAGCAUUACAUCCUUGGCUGGAGCUUUCGCGUCAAUGGAGAAGCCCAACCCCUUAAUCUAGCCCUACUGCCGCCGCUCCCCACCGACGGGUCUAGAAGGAGGCUGGCGGUGAUCAUUGCCUAUUCUUUUGCCGCUGGAGUGCUUCUGGUAUCCGUGUUGGCAGCUACCGCUUAUGCUGUUUACAAGAGAAAGAAGAAGCUCUCGGAUAUAAUGGAAGGCUGGGAGUCGGAGUACCCGCAUAGGUUCUCUUACAGGGUACUGUACAAGGCAACUAAGGGGUUCAAAGAGAAGGAGCUACUUGGCUCCGGUGGCUUCGGCAGCGUGUAUAAAGGGGUUCUCCCGAAAACUUCAGAGACGGUUGCGGUGAAAAGAAUCACACAGAAUGCGAGGCAGGGAUUGAGAGAGUUCGUAGCAGAGGUAUCGAGCUUGGGGCGGUUGAGACACAGGAACCUCGUUCAGUUGCAGGGAUGGUGCAGGAGACAGAAUGAUCUGCUGCUUGUGUAUGAUUUCAUGCCGAAUGGGAGUCUCGAUUGCUUCCUUUUCGACGACGAGAAGGCCAAGAGCUUCGACUGGGAGAAAAGGUUCAAGAUCCUCAAGGGGAUCGCCAGUGGGCUGCUGUAUCUGCACGAGGGGUGGGAGCAGGUGGUGGUUCACAGGGAUGUGAAGGCCAACAACGUCCUCUUGGACGCAGAAAUGAACGGGAAGUUGGGAGACUUCGGGCUGGCCAGGCUGCACGAGCACGGCCAGAAUCCGCAGACGACCCGGGUUGUUGGCACUCUUGGCUACAUGGCACCGGAGCUGUCCCGGACGGGGAAGGCCACGGCCAGUGCCGAUGUGUUCUCUUACGGCGCCGUGCUUCUGGAAAUGGCUUCAGGGAAGCGGCCCAUUGAGACGAUGGUGUCCGAGGAAGAAGGAGAGAUGGUGUUGGUGGAGUGGGUGCUCAAGAAUUGGCAAGGUGGGGGCAUCUUGAGGGCCAUGGACUCUCGGCUUAAGGGGAAGUUCCUGAGGGAGGAGGCGGACUUGGUGCUGAAGCUUGGCGUCCUGUGCUCGCAGGCAGUCCCUGAUAAACGACCCACCAUGCGACAGGUGGUUCAGUACCUUGAUGGUGAUGCUUCGCUGCCGAAGGACCUGAUACUGAACUCCAUGGUGCUGCACGACGACCUUGGCUUCGACCAGCUGGUGCUGCCUUAUCCUCAUUCCGGACUCCAAUCCUCUGAUUCUUCCGGCACAGCAAAACAGUUCACAUCUUAUUGACACAUAUAAUGGCCAUCAUGUGUUUGUAAUGAUUUGAUUCUGAAAGGAAAAUUACAGGAAAACUGUAUGAGAGAAUGCUGAAACAAUUUCCUGGUGCUAUGGAUCAGGAACGUAAUUACGUACGGCAAAGAUCCUAGACUUGAUUUGUAGAAUCGGGACAAGAAAUUCUUUUCUAUGUGAUAUAGUUGGUGAUUAUCUCCUAUUGAUCUGGUGAGCUGCAGCCUGUGGAAACUGUUUUGUUUAGUUCCUGAUAAAAAUUUUACGUGAUUGACUGUAUCGGUUCUACGGGUAGAUGUCAUUCGUAUGUACCCAAAUGCUCUUGCACCUAAGAGUCUCAUUCCUGCUUAUAAAAGGGCAGCUGACAAAUUAAGUUGAGCACAGGGGGGAAAAGAGUGUGGUUUAUGCAAGAUCACAGCCGGCGGGAAGCCACGGGACACAAACUCCUCUGUAUGCCUUUCUGCUUGAUUUGUGUCUUAGGAAUGUUGUCCAAUUGAGUGAAGAGGGAAAGGAAUGGAAAGAAAAGUUUUCAUGUGUUUAGAUGACUAGUUAAUAUGGAGGGAAAUGAAAUGAGUUUUUAAUGUAAUUCCAAUCCCAUAAAAAAUCAAGAGAUUUGAUGGAAAAGAAAUGGAUAAUCAUUUUCUUUC